AUGUUUUUCGCCAAGUCGAUCCUUGCUCUCGCUGCCCUGGCCACCACAGCCUCUGCGGUUGCUCUCCGUGCCGCGAACGACGUCUUCUCUCCCCCUGUCACCUCCCCCACCGCUGGGGAAGUGUGGACCGUUGGCUCCGUGCAGACCGUCACUUGGGACACUUCCAGCAUCCCCGCCGCCAACCAGAACCAGACUGGGCUCAUCCUCCUCGGUUUCGUUGAAGAUGGCUCCACCGAUGAGCAUCUCGACAUCGAGAAUCCUCUCGCUUCAAACUUUCCUAUCAGGGAUGGCGCGGUCAACGUGACUGUCCCUCAGGUCGCCACCCGCGAUGACUACAUCGUCGUCCUGUUUGGUGACUCUGGAAAUUCGUCUCCCAAGUUCACCAUCAACUAA